AUGAUUAUACCACUACUUUACCUUUUUCACCUAUGCAUAGCUUUCGAGUUGUUGCCGCCAGAACCACCAAUUGGCUUCAUGGAACUGCUACCACCAAUAACUGACUUGGAUCAAGAUGCACCGAAUUUAUCGAAUAUAACCUACUUUACCCUAUCCAACUACCUGCAAGUCACACCCCAAUACCUCAAAUCACUUCUAUAUGACAACCCUAAAACAAUAAUCUACAUUACUGAGACAAAUACAACGAUUAUACCUAUUGAUGAAGUACUUUUGCACAACAAUCCAUUAAAUCUUUCAACAUUAACCUACCUUGAAGUUAAGCAUCGGUUUAGGAAAAGCGUAAGGUUUAAUUACAUCCCUGUAUCUCCGUGUAUAUCCAGCCACACAUUCCACCUAGACCCACCAUUAAUGGGAAUUGCAUGGACUCAUCGAGUGGCGAUUUCAUUACGAUAUACGUCAACAUUUGGUGAGUCAAUUAGUGGGAGCACGGGAUCGCCUUAUUUUUUCAAUACAACUACAUUUGGACUCACAUUGGGUGAAAAAUUACGAUUGAAGUAUGGUAAAGAACGAUCAUGGGAUUCAUUUGUUGCUUGUUAUUCAACGGAAUCAGCAGCGAGAAUAUUCGGGUACGUUCCUUUACAAAUGAUUGAUUCACAACUUAGAGUUAUCAGAUUUAGUUUGGUUGAGGGGCAGUUGGAGUGGGAACGUCAAUGGUUUCGCCAUCCACCCCGCGUGGUUAUUGAUAAACUGCAACUGGUGAAAAUGGUUUGUGAUGUUGGUAGUAGAGAGCACUUGAAAUGUGAUAGUAGAAGUGGGAGUAUAAGGGAUCCAUUUGGUAAUGAAAUGAUGUGGGAGAAUGUAUAUUAG